CUGCAACUCUCACUCGACAUGUCUUACUAUGAUAUCGACGCCAUUCUGACCGACGCCCAAAAACUGCCCUGCACGUUCGAGCUCGACGUGCCCGGGCUUGGCGUGCUCGAGGGGAAUCCGGGUGAAAAUAUCAAAGCUGGAACGCGCAUCGAUCUCCCGCUAUGGCUGGGGGAGAUGCUCUCUAUUGGCGCCCGCCUGGGAACCUCUCGUCUAGUCACGCUGGACAUCCCCUCCGCGCUGUCGGAACGCGUCAUGAACGCCUUCAAGGCGGACCCGCGCACGGUGGACCUGCGGUCCCUGGCGCCGCAUUUCUAUAGUCUGAGUGAGCGCAUUCUGGAGCUGUUUGAGGAGGAGGAGAUGGUGGAGAUUUUGAGUAAUACAUUCAAGAAGCGGGCUGCAGAGAUCGCAGACCACGCGCACAACCCGCAGGGCGCGCUGGGACAGGGCGCGGAUUUCCUGCGUGGGUUGGAUGAGACGGAGAGACAGUUAUUCCGGGUUGCUCAUGAUAGUGCCAAGCAGACGCGCAUCUGGGCGGGAGAGACGAAGAAGAAAUAGAUGGCUCGAGGGGGGGGGAAAGGUUAACGCGAUGGUUGAGCUGAGCUCGCCGUUAUGAAAAUAUAGCUGAUUCUGAUUAAUGUGUGUGGUUUUCGA